AUGUCGAAAUCGUUACCUUAUUCAAUGAAAGAUGUCCAUUACGACAACGCCAAGUUCCGGCAACGUUCGUUCGUCAAGGUGAUCACACGGUCCUUGCCCACCAAUAAUGUAAAGCAUGAUUGUAUAAGUUUCAGUACAGGAAAAUUUUUAGCAUUAUUAAUGAUCUUUGGUUUAGCAUAUCUUAUGUUCACACAUACAAGUACUCCCCAUUAUGUUUCCCAUGGACAAGCAGAAGGAAUAAAGGUGAAUGAAGAAGUUAAGGCCGUUUCAGAUGCUAUUGGUAGCUUCAGAAGAUUUUUGAGGAAACCACCAAGGCUUCCUCCUCGACUACCGCCUGAUGAAAAGGGUAGCAGUGAUAAUCUUCCUCAUGAAUUUCAGAAGCUAAAUACUGAUUCAAAAUGGAUGGAUAGGCAAGAAAGAGUGCAGAAGGCUUUCAUCCAUGCUUGGUCAGGCUAUAAAAAGUAUGCAAUGGGCUAUGAUGAACUUAUGCCCCUGACUCAGCAAGGAGUUGAUGGAUUAGGAGGUCUAGGUGCUACUGUUGUUGAUGCUCUUGAUACUGCCUUGAUAAUGGGUGCUGAUGAAGUUAUUUCUGAAGCGGGCUCGUGGAUUGAAACACACCUUUCUGAUAGGAUUAGCAGGAACGGCCAAGUUAAUUUAUUUGAAACUACUAUUCGUGUCUUGGGUGGCCUUUUAAGUGCUUAUCAUUUAAGUGGAGGAGAGCAAUGGACAAACAUGACGCAUAAGGGGCCUAAACCAAUUGUUUAUCUUGAAACUGCUAGAAAUUUGGCUGAUCGACUGCUUUUAGCUUUUACUUCUAGCCCAACUUCUAUUCCCUUUAGUGAUGUUGUUUUGCAUGAUCCAUCAGCACAUCGAGCUCCCGAUGGAUUGAGUAGUACUGCAGAAGUCUCUACUGUGCAGCUUGAAUUUAAUUACCUCAGCACUGUUUCUGGUGAUCCAAAGUACAGCAUAGAAGCUAUGAAGGUUUUGGAACAUAUGAAAAAUCUUCCAAAGAUUGAAGGACUGGUUCCCAUAUACAUAAGCCCUGACUCUGGUGAAUUUAGUGGAGAAAAUAUUAGAUUGGGAUCUCGUGGUGACAGCUAUUAUGAGUACCUAAUUAAAGUAUGGCUUCAGGAGGGGACCAAUCGAGAUGGUAAUUUUAAAUAUCUUUAUGAUAUGUAUGAGGAAGCAAUGAAGGGUGUAAGGCACCUACUUGUUCGGAAAUCAAUCCCCAACGGAUUGGUUUUUGUUGGGGAAUUACCUCACGGACCUAAAGGUUCCUUUAGCCCAAAAAUGGAUCACCUGGUCUGUUUUUUGCCUGGCACACUUGCACUUGGUUCCACUAAGGGUCUUACAAAGGAGAAGGCAAUGAAAGAAAAUUUGCUCAAUUUUGAGGACCUUGAAAAUUUGAAGCUUGCAGAAGAUUUAGCCAAGACAUGCUUUGAGAUGUAUUCAGUAACUUCUACUGGGCUUGCCCCAGAAAUCGCAUACUUCCAUACUGAGGAAUAUUCAGAACAUGGACUUGAUGGUGGGAAUAAGAAUUCAAAGUUUGUCAAUGACAUAAUAAUCAAACAUGCUGAUCGUCAUAAUCUUUUGCGGCCUGAAACUGUUGAAUCACUGUUUGUCUUGUAUCGUAUCACAGAAGACCCGAAAUACCAGGAAUGGGGUUGGCGGAUCUUUGAAGCAUUUGAGAAGUACACAAAGGUUGAUUCCGGUGGAUACAGUUCUUUAGGAGAUGUUACUGCCCUUCCUCCUCAGAGAAGAGACAAAAUGGAGACCUUCUUCUUGGGCGAGACACUCAAGUAUUUCUACUUGCUAUUUGGGGAUAGAUCUGUCAUUCCAUUGGAUAAGUUUGUCUUUAACUCAGAAGCUCAUCCCUUUCCUAUUAAAGGCUCAUGA